GGCGGAUAGAGAACGGCACUGAGCAGAGUCGCGCGCACUCGAGCAAUAAGGAGUUGUUUUUUUUCGCGCGUCAGGGCACGCGCAUCACCGGGCAGUGCGUUGCUCGAGACGGCGGAGGAGACGAGACGAGAAGAGCAAGAGAACACGGAGCCAAAGUUCUGCCGCGUCUAUCGAAAGAAAAAAGAUGCUUCCUUUAAAAAUCCACGGAGCUGCGUUUAUCUUGUAGAACAGUUUGGAGCGAAGGUGGAUACAAAGUGUGCCGAUGGAUAUUCACUAAAAAAAAAAACACUAUUCCAGUAUACCCUAGUGAGGUGGAGCGCUUGAUUGUGCAGCCGAAUGAACGCACCAGGCAUGAUCUGGACUGUCUUUUUCCUCCUUUUGGUGUCCUCUGCUUUCGGAAAAGACACCGAGCGGGUGCCUUUCUUCCAGGGGCAUGUGUUUGAGAACUCUUCCCCGGGAUCCCGGGUCAACGGGCUGAGCGUCCCGCUGCAACGGUUCGGCUCCCAGGGAUGUUGCGGCUCUGGCUCUAGCUCUGGCUCUGGAGCGCUUGCUGCCGUGGAGGCGCCGCGCUUCAAACUCAUCGGCGACGGCAGCGAGAGAUUCCGCGUCGUGGCCCACCACAAACGAGGUCAUCUCUUGCUGAAGACGUGGGUCGCGUUGGACCGGGAGGAACGCGCCGAGUACUCGCUGGUUCUGGGGCUCCUCGGCUGCGGGGGGCACGGCGCGGGGCUGCAGGAGGGGGACUCCUCGGUGCGGUUUGCCCGGGUGGCUACGCUCCAAGUGGAAGUUUUGGACACCAACGACCACGAGCCCACGUUCGUCGGCGCGGACGUGCGGCUGAGUGUGGACGACGCCACGGCUCUGCGCACCGUGGUGCACACCGUGACCGCGUGGGACCGCGACAGCGGCUCCAACGCGGACAUCAAGUACUUCGCGGUUCCGAAAAACGGGAGUUUUUACGUGGUGCCCAAAACCGGAGACGUCCUUCUGGUUGACUCGAUCCUGGGGCUGACGAGUCCGGUGAAGUUCAAAGUGUUUGCCCGUGACCACGGAUGGCCUCCCCGCACGAGUAGAGGCAUAACCAUAGAGAUGACCCCCCGGCGAUGGCCCGCGUGUCCCCCCUCUCACUGUCCCCCGACUACAACACACUCACCCGGCCAGGGGGCCCCUCGGAGAGCGUCCCGGUCAGUGUUGGAAUCGGACGAUCCGGUGUUGAUUAACGUGUCCGAGGACGCGGGGAUCGGGUCGGUGGUGAUGAACCUUAACCCGGUGCGGUUCCAGUCCCCCACCUUUGAGCUGGUGGACUCGGACACCGAGAGCUCACUGGUAAGUGUGAGCCGGGAUACCGGAGAUAUCGUGAUAUCGCGGAAGCUGGACCGGGAGACCAACCCUCUUGUGGAGAUCACGGUGAAAGUUCAGGAUAAAAGAGGUCCUGACUGGUACCUGGUGCGGGUGGAGAUGACGGUGUCGGACGUGAACGACAACGUGCCAGAGUGGAGCAUGGUGCCCGUGCCGUACCUGGCGGUGGUGUCCCCGGACGCGGUCCCAGGCUCCCUGGUCUACCAGCUCCUGGCUCGAGACGAUGACGGCGGGGACAACGGAGAGGUGGAGUUCUUCCUCUCAGACGGCGGCGACGGGCGCCUGGAGGUGGACCGUAAGAGCGGCCAGGUGCGGACCACCGGGCUGCCCCUGCAGCGGGACCGAGAGUACCUGCUGACGGUGGUGGCGGCGGACCGCCUGGGCAGCCGCAGCGCCCCGGCCACCGUCUCGGUGGUGGCGGGACCCCGGCCCCCGCAGUUCUCCAACGCCUCCUUCACCAUCGCCAUACCCGAGAACACCCCCGAGGGCCAGCCGUUCCUUACCACGCCGGCCCUUUCCUUCCAGAAGGAGCCCAUCAGCUACAGCCUGCUGAUCAACCCCAGCAGCCUGUUCUCCAUCUCGGCGGAGAGCGGGGAGAUCAGCCUGACGCGCUCCAUCGACUACGAGGGCGACCAGCACCGCUACUUGCUGCUGGUCAGGGCCAACGAGGGCGUGGACAGCCUGAGCAGCGCCGCCGAGGUGCGUGUGGUUAUUGUGGAUGAAAACGACUGUGUGCCCGAGUUCCUGCAGUCCAUCUACAGCAAGGACAGCGUGCCGGAGACCGUAACCACGGCAACCUCCCUCCUGCAAGUGUCUGCCAGUGACUGCGACUCAGAGGAGAACGCCGAGCUGACCUACUACACGCUGAGCCCGGACUUCACCAUCUCCCCGCACGGCACCAUCUUCCCCGCUGGCCCGCUGGACUUCGAGAGACCCAACCAUCUGUACGAGUUUGUGGUGAUGGCGGUGGACCGCGGCCAGGCUCCCCGGACCGGCACGGCCACCGUGCGCAUACGAAUGGCCAACAUCAACGACGAGGUGCCCGAGUUCUCCCAGCAUGUCUACAGGACAUUUGUCUCGGAGGAUGCAGGGCCCAACACACUGGUUGCCACGGUGCUGGCAAAGGACCCGGAUGGCGACGGGAUUACCUACAAAAUCACAACAGGGAACGAGGAGGGGAACUUUGUCAUCGACAGCCAGAAAGGACUGAUCCGUCUGCGUUCAAGCCCGCCCCCACGACUCCAGGGGGUGGAGUACAUCCUGAACGUCACGGCGACGGAUGACAACGCAUCAGGUGGUCCGCAGUCUCUGUCCUCCACAGCCCAGGUCAUCGUGGGGGUGGAUGACGUCAACAACAACAAACCAGUCUUCGAAAAGUGCCAGCAGUACCGGGACCGGACCUCGGUGCUGGAGAACCAGCCGGCUGGGACCUUCGUGCUGCAGGUGCAGGCGGUGGACGCGGACGAGGGCUCCAACGGCCGGGUGUCCUACGGCUUCAUGCACAAGGACUCCACCGUGCCCGCCUUCAGCAUCCACCCUGAGACAGGGGUGAUCGUGACGGCGAGGAAGUUUGACCGGGAGCGCCAACGGGAGCACGCCGUGACGGUCACCGCCACCGACCAGGCCACUGACCCUCUCAUCGGCAUCUGCCAGCUCAGCAUCCUCAUCCUGGACCACAACGACAACAGCCCCAAGUUUGAGAACCUCCGAUAUGAGUAUUUCCUUCGUGAGGACACCAUGAUUGGUACCAGCUUCUUAAGGGUGGCGGCUCACGAUGAUGACUUUGGCUCCAACGCCGCCGUCACCUACUCCAUGUCCAAUGAGCAGCCAGAAUACCUCCGGGUCAACCCUCUGACCGGCUGGGUGUUCGUCAACCAGCCCAUCUCUCAGAGGACCUACAUCACCAGGGAGAUCGUUGCGACAGAUGGGGGAAACAGGAACAGCUCCGUGGAGCUGGCGGUCACCAUCACCAAUGUGAAGAACCAGCCCCCACAGUGGGAGAGGGAGAGCUACGACGUUGUCAUAGCGGAGAACACCGUCCGGGACACGCCCAUAGUGACCAUCAAGGCCACCUCGCCGCUGGGGGACCCCCGUGUGACCUACAACCUGGAGGAAGGCCUGGUGCCGGAGACCAACAUGCCCGUGCGCUUCUACCUGACGCCCAACCGGGAGGACGGCUCCGCCUCCAUCCUGGUGGCCGAGCCGCUGGACUACGAGACAACCAGGAACUUCAUGCUGCGCGUGCGGGCCCAGAACGUGGCGGCGGUGCCCCUGGCCGCGUUCACCAUCGUCCACAUCAACGUCACAGAUGUGAAUGACAACGUCCCCUUCUUCACCUCGUCCAUCUACGAGGCCUCGGUCACGGAAGGGGCAGAGUCUGGGACGCUAGUCUUUCAAGUUUCUGCUAACGACCUGGACCUCGGCAUGAACGGCAAGAUCACCUACUCCCUGCUGGCAGACAGGAGUGGAGACCACGAGUUCUUCCGCAUCGACCCGGAGCUGGGCUCCAUCUACAGCCAGGCGGUGUUUGACAGGGAGACCAAGGGCUCCUACCUGCUGGAGGUCCAGUCGGUGGACGGCUGGGAGUCAGCCCGGCCCGGCAAGCAUGGACAGCCCAACUCAGACACUGCGUACGUGCGCGUGUUCAUCAGCGACGUCAACGACAACCGGCCGGCGUUCGCCCAGGCGGACUAUGAGGUGGCGGUGGAGGAAGACGCCGACGUGGGACUCGCCAUCCUCACCGUCAGCGCCAACGACGGAGACGAGGGGGCAAACGCCAAGCUCCGCUACCAGAUCACCGCGGGGAACACUGGAGGUGUAUUCGACGUGGAACCAGAGGUGGGAACCAUCUUCAUCACCCAGACCCUGGACUACGAGCAGACCAAAAGGUACCAGCUGCACGUGGUGGCGUCGGACGGCAAGUGGGAGGACUCCACCACGGUGGAGGUGAGCGUGGUCAACAAGAACGACGAGGCGCCCGUGUUCACCGUCAACGAGUACUACGGCAGCGUCACCGAGGAGCUGGACGGCUCGCCCGUCUUCGUGCUGCAGGUAACGGCGUCCGACCCGGAUAAAGACGCCAACCAGGAAGCGCUGCGCUACUCUCUGCACGGCCAGGGCGCAGACAGCGAGUUCAUCAUCGACAAGGGCACGGGAAAGAUCUACGCCCAGCGCACGCUGGACCGCGAGGAGCGUACCGUGUGGCGCUUCGUGGUCAUGGCGACGGACGAGGGCGGCGAGGGGCUGACGGGGUUCACCGACGUCAUCAUCAACGUGUGGGACAUCAACGACAACGCGCCCGUCUUCACGUGCACGCCCAGCUGCCACGGCGACGUGGCCGAGAACUCGCCGGCGGGCACCUUGGUGAUGGAGAUGACCGCCACGGACCAGGACGACUCGGCCGUGGGCCACAACGCCGUGCUGUCGUACCGCAUCGUGGGCUGCGUGGACGCCGCCUUCGGCGAGGACGCGGGCGGAGGCGGAGUCUCGGCCCACAUGGACAUGUUCUCCAUCAACGGCACCACAGGGACCAUCACCGUGGCGAUGGCGGGGCUGGACCGGGAGCAGAUGGACUCGUACCUGCUGGUGGUGGAGGCGCGGGACGGAGGGGGCAUGACGGGCACCGGGACGGCCACCAUCAGGGUCCGGGACAUCAACGACCACGCGCCCAUCUUCACGGAGCACGCCUGUCUGGCCAGGGUCUCGGAGAAGGCGGACAUCAACGCAGAGGUCCUGGACCUCUCUGCGGUGGACCGCGACGCCGGGGAGAACGCCCAGCUGACCUUCAGCGUGGUGGCCGGCGACCCCGAGCAGAAGUUCUACAUGGUCAGCCAUCGGCAGGAGCAGCGAGGGAGCCUGCGCAUGAAGAAGCGGCUGGACUACGAGCGACCCAACGAGCAGAGAUUCAACCUUACCUUGAAGGUGGAAGACCUGGACUUCUCCAGUCUCCUGCACUGCGUGGUGGAGGUGGAGGACUAUAACGACCACCCCCCCGUCUUCAUCCCACACUUCAUCUCCCUGGGCCCGCUGUCCGAGGAUAUCGCCAUGGGAACCAGCGUUGCGCGGCUGGCGGCUAGCGAUUCGGACUCAGGCCAGAACAGGGACCUGACCUACAGCCUCUUGGACGAGUCCGACCCGGACGGCAUGUUCGCCAUCGACCAAGCGGGCGUGGUCACCGUGGCCCGGCCGCUGGACCGCGAGGCCUCAACUCAGCAUCACUUGAUCGUCAUAGCGACGGACCACGGAAUCCCUCCUCUGACGGGUAGCGCCACGGUGCAGCUGUCGCUGUUGGACGUGAACGACAACGGGCCAGAGUUUGAGGCCGUGUACACUCCCGUCAUUUAUGAGAAUGUCUUCGGCCCUCAGCUGGUGAAGAUGAACCAAACCUCCACCCUCAUUCACGUGGUGGACCGGGACUCCUCCCAGAACGGGCCGCCCUUCCACUUCUCCGUCCCGCCCGACUAUCGCCAUAGCAACGACUUCUACCUGCAGGACAACCUUAACGGCACGGCCUCGCUCACGGCCCUGAGGACGUUCGACCGCGAGCGCCAGAAGGAGUUCCUCAUCCCCGUCGUCAUGAGCGACAGCGGCGUGCCGGCCAAGACGGUCACCAGCAUGCUGACGGUAACCAUCGGCGACCAGAACGACCACGCCCACCUGCCCGGAGAGAAGAAGAUCAUGAUCAACAGUCACAGAGGUCGCUUGCCUACCACUGUGCUGGGCAAGGUCUACUCUCCUGAUCCCGAUGACUGGGACAACAAGACCUAUGUUGCUGAAGGACACAUGCCAAGCUACUUCAUGCUGAACAAGCGCACAGGCUUCCUGAUCAUCAAGGACAAUGCCCCGCCAGGCAGCUACGAGUUUGAGGUCCGCGUCACCGACGGCAUCUGGCCCGACGCUGUCUCCAAGGUUACCGUCCAUGUGAGGGAGCUCCGGGACGAGGCCAUCCACAACUCGGGGUCCCUGCGCCUCACAGACAUCACAGCGAGAGAGUUCCUGGAGCCCCGGGAAAGGCUGCGGAGCCGCUACGACCUGCUGGUAGACUUCCUGUCCGAGAUGCUCUCCGUCACCCCCGAUGACAUCAACGUCUUCAGCCUCAUGGACGUCCGGGAGAAAACGCUGGACGUGCGCUUCGCCGUGCACACCGCACAGUCCUAUCUACAGCCGGAGAAGCUGCACGGCUACCUGGUCGCCCACAAACAGAAGCUCCAGUCCUUCCUGCAGGUCAACGUGUCCCAGGUGCGGGUGGACGAGUGCCCCGGCUCGGACUGCGACGGCGCCAGCGGCUGCACCACCACCCUGAGCGUGCGCGACGCCCUGACCGUGGUGGACUGCGGGCCCGUGGGCCUGGUGUCGGUGACGGUGGAGCCCAUGGCCGUGUGCACGUGCCCGGGCCGAGACCACUCGCACCAGCCCUGCGGAACCUACCCGAGGAGCCCCUGCUUCAACGGCGGCACCUGUGUGGACACACAGAACGGCUACAGGUGCCAAUGCCUGGCGCAGUUCGAGGGGCCCGAGUGUCAGCAGAACAAACGCAGUUUCCACGGUAACGGCUAUGCGUGGUUCCCGCCGCUGGCGCCGUGCUUUGAGAGCCACGUGUCGCUGGAGUUCAUCACGGAGCAGGUGGACGGCCUGCUGCUGUACAGCGGACCCUUGGCCCAGCUGCUGCCCUGGGACCAGGAGGACAUCAUGGCUAUAGAGUUAAUAGAUGGCACCCCAACCCUGAAGAUCAACCAUGGCUCUGGCACGUUGGUGCUCCAGUUGCCAGGCAACGUGAAUGUGGCAGACCGGAGGUGGCACCGUUUGGAUGUCCACAGCAACAGCAAGGAGGUGCGGUUCACACUGGAUCGCUGUGCAGGAGCCACAGUGAUGGAGAUGGAGGGGCUUGGCAGUUGGCUGACCACCGAUGACCACUCUUCCUGUGAAGUGACGGGUGUCACUCCAAACACAGACCGACACCUGAACAUGAGCCAAGUGCUCCAGUUAGGGGGUGUGAACGAGGAGGUCCCAUACAUGUACCCUCAGCUCCAGCACAAACACUUCAGCGGCUGCAUCCGGAACCUCGUCGUGGACAGCAAGCUAUAUGAUCUGGGCUCCCCGGCUGACGCCCAGUCCAGCUCCCCGGGAUGCCUGACCACGGACGCCAGCUGUGUCAACAUGGGCUACCCGUCCUGCGGACACCGCGGCCGUUGCCAUGGUGAAUGGGGCUCCGUCAGCUGCCAGUGCAUGGCGGGCUUCACCGGCCAGCAGUGUGAAGAAGAUGUUCCAGAGUACUCUUUUGACGGGCGCGGUCACGUGCACUACCACCUGGUGACCCCGAUGGCAGCCCGGAGGACGUGGAUUCAGGUUCUGAUCCGAACCCGCAAGCACAGCAGCACCAUCGUCUCCCUCAUCUCUAAGGAUCAGAGCGAAUACCUGCGCCUGGAGAUCUUCCAGGGCCUGCUCUGCGUCGUGUACAACCUGGGAGACGGACACUACAACCUGACCCUGCCCGCGCAUCGCCUUGACAACGGGGAGUGGCACGAGGUGUUGCUGGAUCGCUACGACAACGAGAUGACACUGCGGCUGGACGGCGGCGGGGGUCGGCGGGAGGUCACGGGGUCGCGGGGUCGCAGCCGGGAGAUUGUGGUGGACACCACGGCGGUGACCGUCGGGAACUCCCUGCCUUCUAGCGGCAACAAGAGCUUUCAAGGUUGCAUGAGGGACCUACGCAUCAACGGUCGCUACAUCCCCAUGGACGGCCAUCCGCGAGACGGUGUUUCCCAGGUCAGCAUGCAGGGUCUCUCCUUGGGCUGCUCUUCGGACUCCUGCAAGAGGAACCAGUGUGCCCCUCCCUUCACAUGUGUGGACCUGUGGAGAGUGCACGAGUGCCGGUGCCCUGCCGGUCACAUGAUCCGGGUCAACGGCACCAGGAAGUCGUGCGUGUACACGCUGUGCGCCACCCACCCCUGCCACCGGGGCACCUGCGUGGCCCACUCGCCGUCCAAGUACACCUGCCACUGCCCCGACGGCUUCCGGGGCCACCGCUGCGAGACCACCCUGCCCGUGUACCGCGAGGACGUGGGCCUCAGCUUCAGCUCCCUCUUCGCCAUCUGCAUCUGCUUCAUGGCGCUGCUGGUGCUGCUGCUGGGUAUCUUCCUGUACACGCGCUGGCGGAGCUACAAGGGUCUGAAGGAGGGCGUGUACCACGUCUCGGCCCACCACGACGGCUGGGAGGACAUCCGCGAGAACGUCCUCAACUACGAUGAGGAGGGAGGGGGGGAGGAGGACCAGAAUGCCUACGACAUGGCGGAGCUGCAGAAAUCCCUCCAGCCCAGCCCGGCCCAGUCGGUCCAGUACUGCCGCAUGCGGGCCCUGCACCACCCGGUCCUCCCGCUCUCCCAAACCCAGCACCACCACCAGUACCACCACCAGUACCACCACCUCCUGCACCACCAGGCCCAGCCCGCCCCGUCCCAAGCCCAGUCGCAGGACCCCCUGAGCCGGACCAACAGCUCCAGCACGCUGCCCCCCUCCGUGGCCUCCUCCUCCUCCUGCUCCAACAAACAGGGCUCCGCCUCCUGCUCCGCCGUCACCACGUCCACGGUGUCGGCCCCGCCCGUCCGCAGGGACGUGGCCCCCACGAGACUCCCGGCGCAGGGCCAGGCGCGGCCCCUGGCCCUGGCGCGCCGCUCCCUGUCCUUCUCCAGCCAGGACCUGGCCCGCUACCUGUGCGAGAUCAUCCGCGACGCGGACCAGCACCCGGACGCGGGGCCCUUCGACUCCCUCCAGGUGUUCUCCACCGAGGGGGGCGGCUCCCCCGCCGGCUCCCUCAGCUCCUUCGGCUCGGCGGGGCUGGAGGGGGGCGCGGGAGGAGGCGCGGACGGGGCGGCGGCCGGAGGAGCCGGAGGAGGAGGAGGAGAGGCCAAGAGAGAGGAGACGCUCGGGGACUGGGGGCCCUGCUUCGAGAAGCUGCGGGCCCUGUAUGAGCAGCCCGAGACCAGCGACCUCUGAAGCGCGCUCUCCGUCCGUCCGUCCCCCGCCCGCAACACCCCCCCCCCGCCCGCCAGCCGACCUGCCCAUACCCUGCCCCGCCCCGCCACCAGCCCCACGCCUCUCUUAUGAAGGGAUACGCACACAAACCAAAACGGGCAUGAAGAGACGAAGGAGAGAGAGAAAGAUCGGAACAUGAGUCGGAGAACCCCUGUGUGCAGGGAACAGACUUCACCGAACCCAAUCAAAACUAUUCCCAGUGGAAGGGGGCUCGCUGGAAGCCGGGAUCGGGCUACGCCCUGGAGAGAACCUGUACAGCGUUGUAACGGUGAGGGCUCGUUACCUCGGACGGCGACUUGUUCUUCAGUGUUGCGAUGAAUCUGAAUUUACGGAACGAUUCGCCCUGUCAGUCAGCCUCAGACGGACAGAUGAAACGCGGCCCUGCUUCCCCGCAGCAGCCGCGGGCCCUUCGGGGGCCCGAGCCUGACAUGCUCUGCUCUCCCUCCGUCGUGCCAUGACAUUGUCACAGGAACAGACAUUAUCAGACCUGUCAGUCAGAUCGCCCGCGGCCUGGGUUGCCUGGCUUGUCGGGGAUGUCUGCCGUGAUGGAAUUUAAAUCGCUGCACAAUCUCAGCUGCAGUUAUUUUUAAAAACCACCUGGAAAUUUUGACACCAUUUUUUCCAAUGUUGUAAAAGUCGCACGGAAUCGUUGUCAGUGGAAUGCCCCGGAAUUAAAAAUAAGGGAUAUUUGAGAUUUUUUUUUGCGAGGGAAUUUUUUUUAAGAUCAAAAGCGCCGGAUGGAAUUCAUAAGCUGAAAGAUAUCAUUCGAUAGGGAUGCCCAAAUAUCAAUAGACCUAUUGGUAUCAACAUCAAUACUCUACCUGUGUACUCAUACACAUAUGAUGCAAUACACACACACACCCAAAACAGACAAAAACACAAUGGAGAAAUAUAUGGGAGAAACCUUAAUAUUAACUAAUGAGACUAAUGGGUUGAAUACAAGUUGAUAAGAACAAAAACACAUUAGAAGUUUAGUCAAAAAGCAACUCACACACAUCCAUGAAGAAGGGUUUGGUAGCAAUACAAUUACAAACAUAGACACACCAACAACUAUAUCGAUGUUCUAAAAGGGGAAAUAUGACAAGAUUUGUCUUCCUUAGCUUCCUUAAAAUGUGCCGUUACCCCGGAGGAGACAAAGGAUUUAAAUAAUUGUUGUUGUGUUAUUUAAGCUUAAUGGAGGUUUUGUCAAAAGUAUAUCUGGUUCAAACACAGAACAAACAUUUAUAUAUAUAUAAUAACAUAUAAAAAAAUAUGUGUUUUAUAAAUAUAUUUUUUAACCAUAUACAAUGAACAUUCUUCUUUCUAACCCAUGAAUCUCAUUAUUCAAAUGCUAUUACGCUAGUAUCCCAAAAAAACGGAAAAACAAACUAGUAUUGGUGCAUCCCUAGCAUUGGACAAGUGGCGAAACACAACCAACAAGACAACCUAAACAUAAUGGAACGCCAAAUCCCAAAUUCAGAAAACCAUUUCGUAAUCUCACUAGAAUUGAUGGUCCUGGCUGUCAAGUACACCUGUUACCAUUCAUAGCAAUCAACAGAAUCCCUACCCACCUGGCUCCAAAUGCACUAGCUAGACCGGGCUAACGCAUUAGCAUCUGUUGUACAUAAUCAGAAUCAGACGCGCUGACUUACAAAAACAUUUCACCAAGAAGGUGGCCAGGAGAUGUAUUAGAAUGAAGUGGCAGAGCGGGGGUUGAUGUUGGUGAUAAGAGGGUGCAGACCGGUGAAAAUAUUUUCAGACACAUUUCACACUGCCUGGUGGAUUUUGGAUGUGCAGCUUCAGUCGUGCUGUUUCGCUGUAUACAGCUUGUUUUUAAUGUGCUGUAAUGGGGCGAGGAGGAGGGUAGAGGGUGGGCAUUUCGUUUUUCUGCCUUGUAUUUAUUUAUCAUUAUUAUUUAAAUGGGUUUAAAACCGCGUGUUGGGUAUCUGGGUGUUUUUUUUAACGUCUCUGCAGGCUCCAACCUCCCUUGCCUCUUGCCUUGCUGGGCAGGCAUCACUGUUGUUGGAGUCCCCGUCCCCCCCCUCCCCCCCUUCCUCAUUUUAUCUUCCACCACCCGUCCUCCUCCUCCUUCCCCCUCCACCAACACCUCAUGAAGAAGGAGACACACGGGACUUUAAAACACAGCUUUGUUAAAGAAAAAAGAGAAGAGAACUAAAAAGAAAGGAAUUUAGGGGAGAUUUGUGGACAGCAGGUAAAAAACAGAAGAGUCAAUACUUACCUCUGCUGCUGUGUUCCCCGAGCUGGAACUCCUAGGGCAUAACAAGCAACUAGGAGAAACGUGGCAAGUGUAUGCGAUUGGAAUGCGGCUGCUACAAGUGUAUUCAAGGUGACUUUACUCUGUGAGUAGGGCGAGGGUAGGACGUUAUAAUGAAGACAGCAUAGCUGUAUUUAUACUAAAGCGGUAAGACAUUUGUAGCAUUCAAUUCCCACACACACACACGCAAACACACAAAUCUUUAUUCAUUUUUCACUACAUUGUGUCUGUACUGAAACAGUACAAUAAUAGUGGGUGGAAAGCAAAUAAAGUCUGUAAUUUUGUUUUGUUCUGAUGAGGGGUCAUACGGAUGUCUUAUGCUUCAUUCUUCUCAUUCUCAUUGGCCGGUCUGGGUUACAAUUAUCAGCUUGUUCAGUGACCUAGGCCCACACCUACGUGGACAAUGAGAGGGGAAAAAAUGUGAUGGCAAAAAUGAACUUUCAAAAAUGUGAAACUACUCUCCUUGGCUCCUCACACAGAUGCUGAGAGAAAGAACGAUAAUUACAGAGCAGACAGCGAAUCAGAGAGGAAAAGGGUGGGCGGAUGAAAUGAGGGUGAGAAGGAGAGCAUAGUAUGAGUAUCCAAUCAACACUGUCAAGAUUGACAUGGCUGACUUGAGUACGUAGCUUAAGCCUUUAAAAGAGCAUAGCCGCGAAGUUGAAGUUCUAACGAAACAACAGGUUUGUUAUAAGUGUUGGGCUUCAAUCGACCAGAGAAAGAACGGCAUUAAGGGCAGCUUUCUGUUGAGGUGAGCGAGUCGGACACGAAAACGGGAUUCAAACCUGAUCCCCCGUCGCUCAGUCACAUGCGUCUAAAGAGAUGUAACCUGGGCCUUUUUUUAAUGGGUGUUUUUACUGUCACGGCUCUACGUGGUGAUGAGUCAUAGUCACUCAUUACGGCCGUCUUUUCCCUCCUGCUCAGCGAGCGCUGCUGGCAGAGGAGUUCUAAAGAGGGUCAGAGUCGCUGAGUGAGUUGCUGAGUGAAGACACAUCAGGCCGCUAAUCCUAAUAGGAGCCGAUGGCAUGCUGUCACGCUGUGGCGACAAAGGGAUUGUGAGAGAGACAGAGGAGUCCAUUUGUGACUUGUGGCUUUCACUUUCUCUGUUCUUUUUAUUUCUUUUGGAGCCGGGGGCCAAUUGGUGGCUUCGUAAAAUGAAUCCUCCAAGAGAGUGAUUUGUCAAUGGGGUAAAGUUUCAUUGUACUGAUUAAAAAAAGUGCCAGACACAGACACACUUAUUUGAGGAUUGACAAUGGGCAAAGACAGACGUAAACACUGGGAAUGUAAACCGAGAUGUGCAGAUGGUGUCAAAUAAGCCACCGCCAUCAGAAUACACGGGCGAGUUGAUGGGAAUUUCUUACUGCGCCUCGCAGGAGAGGAAGGGAGAGUUGUUUAUUUUAUUGCGAUCAUUUGUACCAUACAAUGGCUUCUUAAGUGUUGUGUUUUGGAUGCUGACAUUGUGUGCGAAAAAUGUCCUAUUUUUUUUUACCUUAUGUGUAAAUAUGAAGUUGGAUUCAAAAAGAAAAAAAGAUUUUUAUCAUGAAAAGCACUAUAUGGGUCACGAUUCAAAAGAGAAAUGUUAUAAAUAUGAACAUAUCUUUUUUAAUCAUUAUCUCGAUUAUGAGCUUUUAACGGUUAUGUAGUUGUUUUGUAUUUGCUUCAAUAUUUUUUUCUCAAUAAAUUCAUCUAUUUGCACCAGUGAUUGUGCUAAA